UGCUUUUAGGUCUCAUGGUACCAAGUGACGUGUCCUUCUUAUGAAAACCAGUCCCCGGAAGCACCCGAAAAAAUGUCAGGAAUGCAGGCUGUCUGGUCUUCCGGCACAGAAUGUAUCGCCAAAUAUAAUUUUCAUGGCACAGCUGAUCAAGAUCUCCCCUUCAACAAAGGAGACGUUCUCACCAUCAUCUCGGUCACCAAGGACCCCAACUGGUACAAAGCCAAAAACAAGGUGGGACGCGAAGGGAUUAUCCCAGCCAACUAUGUUCAGAAGCGCGAAGGGGUGAAACCUGGAAUCAAACUCAGCCUCAUGCCCUGGUUUCACGGGAAGAUCACGCGGGAGCAAGCGGAGCGGCUGCUCUACCCUCCGGAGACGGGCCUGUUCCUUGUGCGCGAGAGCACCAACUACCCGGGCGACUACACGCUCUGCGUCAGCUGUGAAGGGAAGGUGGAACAUUACCGCAUCAUCUACUCCUCCAGCAAGCUGAGCAUCGACGAAGAGGUCUACUUCGAAAACCUGAUGCAACUCGUGGAGGUGAGCCUGGGCCAAGGCGGAUGGUCCCUCAAUAUGAAAGACUUGAAGCUGCUACAGACCAUUGGGAAGGGAGAGUUUGGAGAUGUGAUGCUGGGUGAUUACCACGGAAACAAGGUGGCUGUGAAAUGCAUCAAAAAUGACGCCACCGCACAAGCCUUCUUGGCCGAAGCUUCAGUGAUGACGCAGCUCCGGCAUAGCAAUUUGGUCCAGAUGUUGGGGGUGAUCGUGGAGGAGAAAGGGGGCCUCUACAUUGUCACAGAAUUUAUGGCAAAGGGAAGUUUAGUCGACUAUCUUCGCUCCCGUGGAAGAUCUGUGUUGGGAGGCGACUGUUUGUUGAAGUUUUCUUUAGACGUCUGCGAAGCUAUGGCGUACUUAGAAGCCAACAACUUUGUUCACCGGGACUUGGCGGCGAGGAAUGUGUUGGUCUCGGAGGACAAUAUUGCUAAAGUCAGUGACUUUGGGUUGACCAAGGAAGCUUCGUCCACCCAGGACACCGGCAAGCUCCCGGUGAAAUGGACAGCACCAGAAGCACUUAGAGAAAAGAAAUUUUCAACCAAAUCAGACGUGUGGAGCUUCGGAAUUCUUCUCUGGGAAAUCUAUUCCUUUGGGCGAGUGCCUUAUCCGAGAAUUCCUCUGAAGGACGUGGUCCCUCGUGUGGAAAAGGGGUACAAGAUGGACUCUCCGGAUGGCUGCCCCCAGAUUGUCUACGAGGUGAUGAAAAAAUGCUGGACUUUGGAUGCCGCCCACCGGCCGUCCUUCCACCAAUUACGGGAACAGCUAGAGCAUAUCAAAGCCAGCGAGCUCUACCUGUGAAGCCGACCGGAAGGGCGGGGCUUCUUUCGGACACGCCCUCCCCCGCCCUCUCCCCUGGGCACAGGCCUCAGGGGCGAGGCCAGGCGAAGAAACUCCUCCCCCUUUCCCCCCCUUCUGCCCCCUCAAGCGAAGCAGGUGGUUGGGUUGGUUUUUUUUUCCAGGAAUCCAAAUUUCUACACUGUCUUUUAAAGAGAAACCUAAGGACCUUGGACCGCUCCCCAGGGGCCCGGUGGGUAGGUGGGGAGCCUAUCCCCCCCCCUUCUUGACCAAGGGAGCCUCUCUCAGCUGGACCACCUGAAGAUGGACACGCGGGAACCAACCCAGAGGUGUUCACUUCUCCUUCCUGUCCUUUAAAAACAAGCAAACGAAAAUCUGUCUCGUCGCCAGGGUCCAUCGUAUUCAUAUUUUAGUUGCAUGUUCUUUUCCAACGUUGUUGAGUCCCUCAUUUCUUCUUUGUGGACUCCGCUCUCUCCUUUCAUUCCUCCCCACUUCCUUCUUCCCACCCACCUUUUUUUCAGCCUCCCUCUGGAACCAAACAUGUACAGGUUCUUGUUUCGUAGGGAAACUUAAGAAGGACGGACCAUGCCAAAAAAAAUAAAAAAGAAAGCAUGGUGGGAAAUGGUAGGACAGCUAUUAAAAGGUGCCGAUUUUCUUGGCGGUGGGGGAAGAAAGAGACUUUCUUUAACUUUCUCCAAAGCGCUGGAAUUCACAGUCUAGUAUCCUCUUCUUUCUGAAUAGGCCCUUUUUUUUUUAGAGAGAGAGAGAAUUGGUUUUUGUUCCUUUUUUAAAAAAAAAAAUAAUAAUAUUCAGUUUUGUUUUGUUUUUUAAGGAGAAAAAAAACACGAUUAAGGUUUAAUCGUGAGGUCGAUUAAUAGGUUUCAAACUGCACCAGAAAUCCGCUGUUUGGCUGGUUUUUUUUUUUUUUACUCAAGUUACAGAUCUUAUUUUUUUAAUGUCAUGAAUAAAAUGGGAUUUGUUUGGUUUUUUUUCUUUUUUUUUUUAAAAAAAGAAGAAACACCUGUGUGCACAGGGGAACCCUGCCUUACCUGAAUCAGGUCUUGACCAAACCAAGGCGGUGUUUCUUCUCACACACACACACACACAAAAAUCCACCGCAGAGCCACCCAGGAAAGGGGUUUGGAUAGGGUUUUUGUUUCGUUUUGUUUCUUUUAGUUCUUGCUUCAAACAGUGUUUGCAUGCUGCCUCCAGAAUCCCUUCCCAGUUGUGUCUUUAUGCUCAUAUUAUGCUGCCAACUGUGAGAUUAAGCUGCAUUAAAAGAAAAGGAAAA